AUGGAUAUUAAUGAGUCCCCCAGUGAAUUGCUAUCGAAUUUUCGUAAAAGAUGCUUGUUCAAACAUCCUCUCUUCAAGGUUGAUAAUGUACUCCGCCAUGCCGAUGCUGUGGCCGGUCUAGACGUACCGUCUCACUCCAAUUACAAUAAUGGCUGGUGCAUCGCGAAAUUCCAUAACACUUUCACCACUAAGACCCGCCGGCCCCCGCGGUCGCUCGCCAACCGAUCGCAAAGCGCGCGGGUGCCACCCGCCGAGGCUGCGGGUAACCGCGGCCCGCGCGAUUCUACUAGUUGCCCGCCGGUACAGCGGGAGCCGCAUACAACCGCGUACACCGCGGGCAAGACCCGCCGGCCCCCGCGGUCGCUCGCCAAACGAUCGCAAAGCGCGCGGGUGCCACCCGCCGAGGCUGCGGGUAACCGCGGCCCGCGCGAUUCUACUAGUUGCCCGCCGGUACAGCGGGAGCCGCAUACAACCGCGUACACCGCGGGCGGAGCUGAUCGCUCCAGGAUCUCCCUGGACCACGAUGUCCUCGACAACGACACGGAGUUCAACGCUAACCAGUUCAAACUUUACGAUGACUUCACCACUGACCUUCGUAUGGCCUUCAACCCGCUCAGGCGGAACUAUCACGAUAUCACCAGGACUGAUAUGAUGAUGAGGAGGAGGGGAGACCCUAACGACUCAGGUGUCGAUAUGGAAAAUGGGAACCCUUUGGAAGACGUAUCAGCUUCUAACGAUAGCGACCUGUUGGAGAACGAAGUGAUGGUAGAUCCUUGGAGCAGCAUGGACUCCUCGAAUUCACCGUUAACUGACUCCGGACCUUCGGCAAGUGAAGACUGCACCCCCUCCACUUCAAGCGAACCCCCUCGCGGGCCUCUAGAUGCGACUUCCCCUCUUUCACCUGACUCGCGCCGCUUACCCGAUCCAAAAGAUACAAAAGCUAAGAUUGUCCCCAAACACAUUCCCCAAAAGGCAUCUGACAAGGCGCGUUCACGAGACCUUACCCUUGAGCUAGAGACCUUAGAACCUGACCUCCUCUCACGCCGGCCACAUUUUCUUGACGAAGAUUAUCAACCGCCGUCCAAGUCUAAUAUCGAAUGCCGUAUUCUAAAGCCACAUUUCCUCGAUCAUUCACCAUCGCCCGAUGAAUUCGACGAACGCAGUGACAUUACAAAUCCAAACUUCCUCGAUGAUGAAGUCGACGGCGAUGAAAAUGCACAAAAAAAGGCUGGAGCUCUGCCAAAACGACCACAGAAAAACCAGCCAUCUACUUACUCCAGUUCAGAAGAUCGGCCGCACAGAACUAGUUACCGAAGCACUUUACAUUAUGGGUUAGAAAGUGCGGCGAGAUCUAGUGAACGUGACAAAAGAGCUUCCCAACUUUACCGAGGGACCUGGCCAGGAGAACGCGAUGUCUGGACAGGUCAUGACUCCGCUAGCGUUCGCAGUUUCUCUAGUAACGGUUCCGCUGAGGGAACAAGACCUUCGUCUAAUUUAGAAAAUAAGAUGGAAUGCGUUUGUUCGUUGAUUUCACUUUUAAGUCUGUCACCAGAAAAUAACGCAGACUUGAGCGGCCCCUUACUGGAAAUGAGCCGGUCAGUUGAAAGUUGCAUCGCAAUGAGGCAAGCUGGUUGCAUCCCGUUACUAGUUCAGUUAAUACAUUCGAAGGUCCCUAGAGAAACGCGAGAUCGCGCUGCGAAGGCGCUUCGCAACAUUAUCCACACGCAGACUGACGACAAAGCAGGCAGAAGAGAAGCUAGAGUAUGGAGGUUAUUAGAACAAGUCCGGGAAUACUGCUAUGUUUUAGAAGAUCUUGUGGAGAUGAGAAAAGAAGGAAAAGAAGUUAUAGAAGAUGAUGUAACCAAGCAUCCAAGUCAGAGCGUCGCGGCUCUCAUGAAAUUGUCGUUUGAUGAAGAGCACAGGCACGUGGUGUGUCAGUUAGGAGGGCUGCAGGCGCUCGCUGCAUUAGUCAGCGGCGACCAGGCGGCGCAUGGAAGCAGGACUGAUGACAACACGUGUUUGACCAUGAGGAAAUACGCUGGGAUGACCUUAACGAACCUCACUUUCGGAGACGGUAACAACAAAUCCUUGUUGUGUUCAUUCAAGGACUUCAUGUUAGCUCUGGUCGAACAGUUGGAAUCACCCAACGAUGACAUGCGACAGGUAACAGCAGCUGUGCUGCGGAAUCUCUCCUGGAGAGCUGACACUAACAGCAAACAAGUGCUUAGAGAAGUAGGAGCCGUCAAAGGCCUAACAAAAGCUGCAAUGACAUGUCAAAAGGAGGCCACUCUGAAAUCUGUACUCUCAGCCCUCUGGAAUCUGACAGCUCAUUGCUCAAUGAACAAAGUAGCCUUAUGUUCCGUUGAAGGAGCUCUGGGCUUCCUUGUUGAUAUGCUCAGCUACAAUUCACCCACAAAAACCCUGGCUAUAGUUGAAAACGCAGGUGGCAUCAUGAGAAACGUGUCAAGUCAUAUUGCUGUACGCGAAGAUUACAGGCAAAUUCUCCGGGAGAGAAAUUGUUUAAGUGUCUUACUGCAGCACCUUAAGUCUCCGAGCCUAACCGUCGUCAGCAACUCGUGUGGCACGCUGUGGAACCUGUCCGCUAGGUGCCCGCAAGAUCAACAGUUCCUGUGGGAUCACGGCGCGGUACCCAUGCUUAGAAGUCUUAUUCACUCCAAGCAUAAAAUGAUAGCGAUGGGCUCCAGCGCCGCCCUCAAAAACUUGCUCAAUUCCAAACCUGGUAAAACGCACAUCAUCUCAUUAGACACAACAGCUCGAAACAUGAACUUACCGGCGCUACCUACAUUAGGAGCCAGGAAACAAAAAGCUUUGGAGCAGGAGUUGGACCAAAACUUGGCAGAAACUUGUGACAACAUCGAACCAGCCACGUCUCCUACGACCAGUAAUAGAGAAGAGAAGAAUCUCUUUACUGCCACUGAGAGACAAAUAGCAAUGAAUUUGGAAAGACAUAGAAUGACCUCCAGUUCACCUCUCAUGGGGACAUUGACUUCUCAGAUAUCCUUAAGCCAUAGCGCACACCUGGCCAGCUAUUUGAGCUGCAGUAACACGUUGCUGAAGGGGGCACUAGUCACUCGGUCAAAUACAGGCAGUGCUGGUAAUGUAAACAGAUCAGAAAGCAAGGACAGCGUUACCAGCACUCACUCAGACUCCGUGUUUGAGCGAGUCAUGCGCACCGGGAAAGUACCCGUACCGACACCUAGGAACAAAGACCUAAUGAAGAGUGAAAACUCAGGCGAAUCGUUUAAAGCGUCUUCGAAGCAACACAAAGACAGUUCUUUCCUUCGAUUUCCCUCACAGCCUCCGAUUCCUCCGCCAAGAAGCACUACUGAAAUGAGAACUAACUACACGGAAUCCGGUUUUGACGUCGACCAGGAUUCUUGCGACCAACCAGUAGACUACAGUAGAAAAUAUUCGGAAACGAAGAAUACUGAAUCUGAGGGAGACAAGCCAAAGACUGAUAACAAGAAGUAUUCAAAGAAAGAAAGCGCAAACAGCACGUAUGGCGAUUACCAAGAGACUGAUUUAGACCAGCCGACUGACUAUUCGCUACGUUACGCUGAACACCAAUCGGAGACUGGAUCGGACAUGUCGGAACCAGCUGGUCCUUCGGUUCACGAAGACACCAUUAAACAUUUCGCCACAGAAGGUACUCCUUAUGAAACACCAGCGAUAUUUUCCACCGCAACUUCAAUGUCAGAUCUUAGGAUUAUCGGUAAGGACCAUAAGAAAAGUGCGUCGACAGUCAAACCUAACCCUGAGGCGAUGACGCAUUCAGAUGAAAAGGACACUUGUUCUAUCGAAGACCCACCGAACCACGACAACGACCGUGCAGCAUCGACACCUCAAACUGCGUCAGUUGCUGAACCUGUUCCGGAAAAGCGAGGACUAUUCGAUACCAAGUUCAGCUCUGGAAUGGCCAGCCCGGAGAAGCCUGUGAACUACUGUGACGAGGGCACGCCUGGUUAUUUUUCAAGAGUAAGCUCUUUGAGCAGUCUAGGUGAGCCAACCGAAGAAGACAGCUUGGCUAAGAAAAACGCAAUGGCAACAAUAAAUGCGGAGCCGAGCCCACCGGAACAGAGUACCAGCAGUUCUGCUAAGGACAAAGAAGGGCGAGCGACGCCGCCGCCGCAGCGGUUCGUGGAGGACACGCCGCUCAUGUUCUCCCGGUCCAGCUCGCUCGGCUCACUGCCUGAGUGCUCGCAGCAGGACGACCACGGGUCUGUCGUGUCUGAAAUUAGUCGGCUAACCUCAGGCUGUAUAUCUCCGAGUGAGAUCCCUGACUCCCCGGGCGCCAGUGUGCCGCUGUCCCCUCGGACCAGGGCUGCGCCCACACAAGACUUGCUAACUGCACUGUCUACGCCACCACAAGAACCAGGAUGCGUGGGAUCAGUAUUCGAAGAGCGUGUCUCAAGAUUCCUGGUAGAACAUACUCCAGCACAAUUCUCUGCGGCCACCAGCCUUAGUAGCCUGACCAUCGAUGAUGAACCUAAGCUGCCCAAGCUACUGUCGCGCGGUAUCACCCUGCUCGGCUCCUAUUCGUCGUAG